AUGGCCAUUGGAAAUACAAAGCAAGGCAGAGCUUCAAGUGUUGUUUUUCCGACUCUCGGUGUUCAGCAAAUACAAGAGCUUUCCGACGCCUACUUCAACACAUUCAAUGUUCUCUAUCCAGUACUCAAUCGAGAGGCAUUCAUGAACAGCACUGUGGCGAGACUCUUGCGGGACGGCUACGGAGACGGCGAUUCCGGCAGCGUUCUGGCUCUUCUAGUCUUCGCGCUGGGUGCGGUGGCGGUCGAUGGCGUGUUCGAGAGACCUAUCAGCGUCGUCAACGGUCAACCAAGUGGCUUCCGCGGCGGCACUGUUGAUCAUCCACCGGGACUCGCUCUAUUCAACGAAGCCAGAAGAAGACUUGGCUUCAUCUGGACGCAAUGCACCUUGGAGAAUGUCCAACUCAAUCUACUACAAGCUGCCUACUACGAAGCGACAUCUCGGCAUCUAGACUUCUGGCGCUGCACAGUCGCCGCUUCGAUGGCGUGCCAAGUCUUGAUUCGUUGCGAGCCAAUCGACUGGUCAUCUGCUACAGGCGACCUUGUGAAACGUGCAUAUUGGACUUGCGUCCUCAGCGAAGAUCUAUACCACCUAGACCUCGGCUUCCCACAAACCGGCAUACACACCAUGGAGGACGAAAUACCCCUACCAUAUUCCCACGAAGCACAAGAGCAACACCAAGGCAGUAGUGUCGCAGGAAGUUCCGCCCAGGCCAACCAAGAGCGCAGUCAUUUCCAGUACCACUUCCUCGCCAUGAUUGCGCUACGACGCCUCAUCGCACGCAUCCACAACGUGAUACAUGAAUGCCGAGCCAUUGUGGCGAGGCUCUCGGCGGACAAGUGGGACACAAGCUCACAAAACACUUGCAGCAUCCUCGGCCCAGGCGGAGAACUUUUGACGACUAUGGCGGUCCGCCUGUGGCCGUUAUUCGGGAAAUGA